AGGAUGCAAAUAGCAUAGCGUCAAGUAAAUGAACAAACACGUUUAUGUGGAUCAACCGAAAUCGCGGGAAACGCGUUCUGUUCCAUUAGUCCCGUAAUGAUAAUUUUUAUUUUCUUAAUAUUAACAAUAAACAUUCUGUAGAAAUUCGUUUUGUGGAGUUCAUAAAGCUUCAAGUGCAAUACAUAUUGAUACUUCAACAACGGAUGGAGAAAUCUAAAAGAAUCGUGAAAAAUAACAUAAUCCUUGAAAAUCGGCCAUUGCGACUAUUUUCAGCGGUAAUAGAAAAUUGUUUUCGAUUUCUAAGCUCUUUAGAAAGUAUUCUUAGUAUUAUAACCCAUACUGACAGUUGAGGAAUUUUAUAAACUAGCAUCAUUUGAUCAUAGAACAAAGUUAUAUAGCUUAAAAUGAUAAUUUAACGAUUAAGCUAUGAGCUCUUUCAAUACACGGAAUAACAAGGUGGCCGAAGUAGUUAACGAUGCAGGGCAAAGCAUUCGCAACGAGAAAAUAGAAAAUAUCAACGAUGCUCCUGAUUGUGUGGACAAUGGUGGAGAAAAGUCUGAUCUAAUAGAUAGUGCUUAUUUUCCUGGUAAAAGUCGUUAUGGCAGAACAAUAAAGCCUAAAUCUCCUCGGGAUGACAUAUCUGAAUCACCUAAGAAUUACAAAAUGUCCAGAACACGCAAAUCUCAAAACUCUAGCGAAAAUAGUAAUGAAAAUGUAGAUGAAAGUAACAUUGUCAAUGAUGGAGAUGAAGCAAGCGAUUCGUUUAGUUCUACCAAUUCUAUGGAAGAAAUAUUAUCUCCUAAAUUUGAUAAUACUCCUGCGCAAUGCAUUUGGAGUUUAGGACAAUUAGCAUGGGCCCGCGUUGGAAAUUUUCCAUUUUGGCCAUGUGUUGUAACGUUAGAUCCAACUACAUUAAUUUUUUACAAAUAUAAAGCUACUGGCAGAUCGCAAUUGCUAAUGAUACACGUUCAGUAUUUUGGAGAUAAAGGACGUCAUAGUUGGGUUUCAUCGAAUUAUAUGAUCCAUUUCACUAAUCUUGAUGACUAUAUAAAGCUAUCUGAAUCAUUAACCGCAGAAAUUAAAAGAAAGGAUCCUAAAUAUGCAGCAGGAUUUGUUAUUAAGGCAGGAUUAAAGUCUAAAUGGGAUACAGCAGUUGAAGAAGCUACGGAAGUUAAAUCGAUGACUGAUGAAGAAAGAGCCAAUAUAUUUAAACCGGUAGUUAAAAGUACAAGACAAAGAAUGCAAAAAACACUCGAUUUUUAUGAAAAGGAUAAGUCUAGUAAAAGAAAAUUAACGACUGACUUAAGUGGACCAGAUGCUAAACGUUCUAAGCAGGAAAAUAUUGAUGUUUCAGAUAAGUUACAAUAUAAAUUAGAAUCGCCUAAAUUAAGAUAUUUACGACAUAAUGAAAAUGGGAAAACAAAUUUGAGAUUAAAUCUUGAAAGUCCUUCUCGAAUGUCAACUAAAUCUAAUGAAUCCAAUGAUUCAUCUACAACACAAAAAAGUGAUUUUAAAAGUGAUGAACAUCCUGAAGGUGUUUUCGAAGUUUAUUACGAAAGAAAUAGAGAUAUGUUAGAAGAUGAACAUCCUGAUUUGUCGGAAGAAGAAAUUCGAAAAUAUUUAAAAAAAACUUGGAACGAUAUGAACUCUUCUUUUCGCAGAAAAUAUCGUUUAUAUGUCAAAUCUGAAGGUAAUCAAUCCAAAGAUGAUGUACCAGAAGAGUCUGAAGAAGACACGUCAACAGAUGCAGAAAGUAUUAUUACAAAAGAAGCGAAAAAAGUCAAAUCAAAAAUCGAAAAAGAAGAAACAUAUUCAGUAGAAACAAAAAAGACAAGACCAUAUAAUCUUUUUAAAGGCAUGAAACAAGAAAAGGUUUGUCAAAUAUGUGAAAAAACAGGAAAGUUAACAAGAUGUAGGGGACCCUGUUAUUCGUACUUUCAUUUGUCAUGCGUCAAACCUGGAGAAUCUAGUCCAGAACAUUCUAUUGAUGAAAGUAUGUACAGUGAUAAAUUAUUCGAAGAUUUGAGAGAAAUUAAAAGGAGCAAUACGGAUGACGAAGAAAAUAGCGAUAAAGCAGAAGAACAAGAAGAUGAGAGCUUCAAAUGUAUUGAUUGUUUGUCCGGUGUAGCUCCAGCGUGCUUUGUAUGUAAUGAAAGGGAAGGAGAUAGAAUAAGAUGUUCAGUUAUGGCAUGUGGCAAACAUUACCAUUCAUCUUGCUUAAGAUCUUGGCCUCAAUCUCGCUGGCAAGGAGGUCGUUUAAAUUGUCCAUAUCAUAUAUGUCAUACAUGUAGUUCGGAUAAUCCUCAAGAUAGUCAUUCUCGUGCACCUAAUGAAAAAAUAGCACGAUGCGUAAGAUGUCCAUCAUCUUAUCAUGCUUCUAUAUCAUGUUUACCUGCUGGAUCAGUUAUAUUAACAGGAAGCCAAAUUGUCUGUCCUAAGCAUUACAAAGCUCCUCAUCCUCCAUUGAAUGCAGCAUGGUGUUUUCUUUGUACUCGUGGUGGAAGUCUUAUUUGUUGCGACACAUGUCCAACUUCAUUUCAUCUGGAAUGUCUUGGUAUAAAUGCACCGGAUGGUGCGUUUAUAUGUGAAGAUUGUGAAACUGGAAGACUUCCCCUUUACGGAGAAGUAGUAUGGGUCAAGCUUGGUAAUUAUCGCUGGUGGCCCUCACGUAUAUGUUAUCCACAUGAAAUACCUGAAAAUGUAGGUUCUAUACCACAUAGUCCGGGCAAAUUUUGUGUCAUGUUUUUAGGUUCUAAUAAUUAUUAUUGGGUCCACAGAGGGCGUGCUUUCUUAUAUCAAGAAGGAGAUGCAACUAUAAAGCCUUCAGUAGGUAAAAAAAAUAUGAGAAAUAAUACUUAUAGAAAAGCUUUAGAAGCAGCUAGCGAGAUUCAUCAGCGUUUAAAAAUUGAGAGAGCUGCUGCUAAGGAUAUUGAGGCUAAGGGAUUGAAACCUCCACCGUAUGUUAAAUUAAAGGUUAACAAGCCUGUAGGUAAUGUGAAACCUGUUGAAGUUGAAAGUAUUGUGGCAUGUGAUUGUGAUCCAGAAUUAGAUGAUGCUUGUGCACCUGGAACAGAUUGCUUAAAUCGCAUUUUAUUGAUAGAAUGUAGUCCGGGAGUAUGCCCGGCUGGUACCAAAUGCAAUAAUCAAGAUUUCGUACGCAGACAUUAUCCAGCAAUGGAACCAUUUCAUACAGUUGGCCGUGGAUGGGGUCUUAGAAGUUUGGAAGCUAUUAAGUUUGGCCAAUUUGUAAUUGAAUAUGUAGGCGAAAUUAUAGAUGAAGCUGAAUACAGACAGAGAUUAACUAGAAAAAAAGAAUUGAAGAAUGAAAAUUUUUAUUUUUUGACAAUAGAUAAUAAUAGAAUGAUCGAUGCAGAACCAAAGGGUAAUCUUAGUCGAUUUAUGAAUCAUUCUUGUUCACCAAAUUGUGAAACACAAAAAUGGACAGUAAAUGGAGAUACACGUAUUGGUUUAUUUGCUUUGCAAGAUAUAGCACCAGGAGAAGAAUUAACUUUUAAUUAUAACUUAGCUUGCGAUGGAGAAACACGUAAAGCAUGUUUAUGCGGCGCACCAAAUUGUAGUGGAUUUAUAGGUUUAAAGGUACAAAAACCACAAAUAACUUCAGUCGCAGUACAACCUAAAAAACCCGAAAAGAUAGAAAAAAUAAAAAAGCAAAGAAGAUCAAGGAAACGUUUUUGUUGGAAUUGUGGACAAGAGAUAACGCCUGAUAGUGAAAUUAUUAUAUGCGACCAUAAAACAUGCAAUAAGAAGUAUCAUAGCACUUGUGUAAAUAUCUAUAACACGGAAAGUAAAUUUAGUUGUCCAUGGCAUCACUGUGUAGUAUGUAAUCGAAGAACAUCCGCACACUGCUCAUAUUGUAGCGCUGCUUUUUGUCAAGUUCAUUUAGAUGGGAAUUUAGUUGAGUAUGGGGAAAAAGGUGGCUUUGUUUGCACGUUGCAUGAAAAUAUGGAAGUACAGAGAUCGUCGGCAGAAGAUGAAAAAGAUUCUUCCGAUAACGAAGCUGAAAUUGAUAAAGAAUAUUUAUCAAGAUCUAGUAGCCCUAUAGAAAUGGAAACAAAGUUACAACGAGAACCAUCACCUCGAGUUUCAAUAGUAGAGGUUCAUCUAAACAGCGAAGAAAGUGAAGAAUCACAAAGGGAAGAAGAUGAAGAGUUGUUAGAAAAUACAAUAACGCUGUGUACAUAUAACUUUCCCAAAACAGUUAAAAAAAAGAUGCUUAAUCAGUCUUCGAAUAUUUUUGAAGAAGAACAAGCUGAGAAAUUGAAUAAUCUUACUUCUAGUCAGCUGGAGGCGAUAAUUGGUGGUAGUCUAUUUGAAUAAAUUAUUUUGAAUUACCAAACAAAGUAAAAGAAGAUAGAUAGAUAGAUAGAUAGAUAGAUAGAUAUAAAUCAUUUAAACAAAAUCUUAACAAAAGUGAUCAGUUUAAAUUACAUGUAAGAUGGCUGCAUUAUUCUUCCAGUAAUCAAAUAGCAGUAUGUGUAGUAUAUUAUUAUGUGGGCAAUAGACUAAAUUGAAUAAUACUUUUGUGUUAAACGAAGAAAAUAUGAAUGUCUAGU